CCUGAAGCACACAGGCAUUUAAAGCAUUUAAUCUCCAGACAUGAACAAUAUUAUGUGUUUCAUUUAACUCUUGUGAAUUUUUCACAAUUUCAAUUUAAAACAUAUUUGCUUUGUAAUUCUGUAUCGAUAUUCGAAAUUGAUUGCAACAUUAAACACAGCUUAUCCACAGUGCAGCAAGCCAAUAGGGUCUGGUAUUGUAAUUCUGUUUAAGCUGUUCGUGUGUCAAUACUUUGGUUUUAAACCCCAAUAUUAAGAAUAUACUUUUUUCUAACCAAUAUUUAGUAUCGAUGUGCUAUUAUAUUGACAAUCGUUAUCUGAAACACUGGACUACUGUGUUUAGUUUAGACAUGUGAAGUAUCCUGGUUUUACACUUCAACGUGGAAUUUUGCUUACUUGGAGGCGACAUGUCAAUUUAUAUCGAUAAGAGAGCAAUAUGACGUAAUUGGGCGCACCGGAACUCCACGAAAAAUACGGACGCCAGAUUUUAUAUUCAGUAACAUCGGUACCGGAAGUUAAAACCACGAAAGCAGACGAUAUGGUAACCGGUUGAGAGAGGACGUAAAUAACGUGCACCCAACUACAUAGCGACGAUGACGUCCGGAGCAGGACGGACGGCGGAUCUUCAGUGUUGCCAUAGGCGCUUGGAAUAUUUAAGCAGUCGUUUGCAGGACCUAGCUCUUGAGCUUGGAGACGGACGAGGAGCUGUGUGGCUGAAAGAAAAUAUGUGGUUCCUGAAGAGACCGCCCCAGUACUUCGACGACGUGCUGUACUCUGUCGGGAAGAUCUGUAACCAUCUCGUAUCUUACCUCACCUUACACAAAGCCAGACUGGUAUCCAGUUUUCCGUUCAUGUCAUAUAUGGGCAUCUUGUACGAGGUCGGGGAAAUAUUUGGUAUCGUCAGGGAUAUGCUGCUCCUUAACCCGCGAGAAACCCUUUCAGUAAAACAGUCGCAGAUCGAGUUAUUCUGGACGGACUGUACGCCGUUUAUAUUUGUGUUCGAAAACAGCAACCAUUUGCUUUUGUCCUCAAAUGAAACGCCAGUAUAUAUACAGGCGCUCCUAGAUCUGGUUCCGGUUGUGAUUCAGGUCGGAAUGUGUAUGUACACGGCACCGGAAGCGCAACUACGAGGGUUUGACUGCUUCGCUGAGACCUGUAUCAGGCUCUCAAAGGCGCUUGUCGAACCAAGCAGCUUUCUAAAUCAGGCAGAGAAGAUGGAGCCAGUCAUCGUGCCAUUUCUACGACAGUGGAUCAUAUUUGCCCUGGAGCUCGUCCAAAAUGGGGUCAAAGUCAGAACGGAUAUGACAAUGAAGCCUCCACUGUCCUCUCGUCUCUCUGAGCAGCUCACUUCCGCUCGACAAGAACGCAACUUCCGGUCCUCAGACCAUAUGGAAAACACUGUGCCAAAAACUCUCAAUGUGCUGUCUCUGUCAAACGACUCGUCCCUUCCAGAUGAAGUUGCGGAGUCGACCCUGGCGCCCCUAAAGGUUCGCAAUUCUUGCCGAGUGCGCGCCUCGUGUCAGCCGUUUCGCUGGAUAGACGUGGCGCGAACACGUGUUUCGCCAUGCCCCAAUGAAAUGAGGAAAGUAGUCAUAGAGGAAAUAAGUUUAAAGGAAAAUCAGAAGAUCAUAUCAGACAUUUUCCUGUUACGCGGUAAACAGCCGGAAACUUGGAAAGGUAUAAAGGUGCACUGUCCACUCACGAAGAGUUAUGACGAGUUGAAACUGAAGCUGUUUGUCAAGGUCAAGGUUGGCGAGGAAUGGCGACCAUUGGAUGCACAGUAUGAUAAGCGGUUUGGCAAAGGCAACUUCCUUGUGUUCAGCGGUUGUAGAAUGGAAGCUUUUGUUGCCAUAGAAGAACGCCCGAUGACGUCACGGCAGGUCGGACCAGAAGGAGGUCGACUUAUGACGACAUAUAAUAACAACAUCGAGGCUGUUGUUCCACCAGGGACAAAUUCUAAACAGCAUCGAGUCACAAUGAUGGUGCAACCCCUGGACGGACCACAGGAGCGUCAAUACCGGGCAUUUUGCCCUGAAGACUUCCGGCAUAUAACUUCCGCUUCUCCGGCCGUAGAGAUAGACGGCGCACCAGUCGAGAGGAAAAUCUCAAUAAAAAUCCCAUUUAACGCCCUAGCUGACCAAAACACAAAAAUAUUGGUGCUAAAAUACACAAACGAGAAGUUGGAGGUGGUUGACGGUGAGGGCCUUCUCCAUCUCAGCAGCGACAACGUGUACACGGUGGAUAACACGUCCAACGGCGGAACAAUGCUGGCAUCGGUGGACUCACAGUCAUACACGGCGGGCACGGAGGCGAACAUACGGCGGGAGAUGGAGGUCAUACUGGGCAGGAAACAGCUCUGUAAACUGCUUUUGUUUGUGGAGAACCAGCAAACCGUACAUCAGGCUGAAAACUUAAACGAGAUUGUCCUCAACGUGGUCUGUACGGAGAAGUUUAGAGUACCCGAAGUGGUUAGGGAUAAAUCAAAAGUUGGAAUGAUAGAACUGCCAAAGAGUCAGUCACCUGAUAGAUUAUUACAGCAAGCAGAUGAGAUUAAAUUAGAAAUCAAAGGCAGUGUGUCGCUCGACCCUGACAUUCCCGAAGAUGCUUACACUUUGACUUACUUGGAAGGGUCAGACAACUAUGUCCGAUUUCCGAUCAGAAUCGCUGACUGCAAUGGCAGGAUCACCUUCGUGUUAAGACUAGGAAGGGAUAACUCAGUGCUACAUACCUUCUUUUGCAAUGUGCAGGACAUAUUGGCCCUGCUUGUUCAGGGGUAUAUAGCCCAGUCCCCUGUCCAUUCUCCCGACCAAGACGACGAAGUCUUUCAUUUCAGCGAAGUUUCAGCCAAAAAUACGAAAGACACCAGUGAGGAAAAAGAGGUGGCGGUUGUAAAAGAUGAGAAGAGGUUAACGCCUCUCUCCCGUGAGUCCACUUCAUCUGAGCUCAUCGAAGAAGACCCGUCACUGGCGCUCGACCAGAUGCGAGAGGCGUCCCUGAAGAUCCUCAACAGAAACAGCCUGGUCAAUCUGGCCAAGCAAGUGAAAAACGACGAGAGCCAUCUGCUGGGGGUCUGUUUGGGGCUGAAACCGGAAAAGCUAUCCAACAUCUACCGGACGUACCGACACAGCGCGUCCCUCGCCUCCUUCUACGUGCUGUAUGAGUGGCGGGGACGCACGACACAGGCGGACCUUGCUGACAGGCUCAUUCAGGCUCUCAAAGACAUCGGUCGUCGAGAUUUGGCUCAAAUCUUGACGGACGUCCGCCAAAGCAACCGCGGCCUGUCCGCUGAAGACUUCGAGCAUCUACGGACAGACAUCCGCCGGAAGUCACACAACACACGCCGCAGCUGAAUUAGAGCUCCUUUGCAUGCUACACACAUGCCGGAAGUCGCACAGCACGCAUCGCAGCUGAUUGGGAGCACCACCUGUAAGCUGAAACCUGAUGAAAGUCGCAGCAGCGCCGCAGCUAUUAAACCUGUUUGGCUAAAAAGUUGCAAUAUUUCACUUACUUUUUUCUUGCAAAUAGGAGCUUAUAUUUCAUUGUUAAAGAAUGCUUUAUACAAUGUAUACGAAAUUUGUGCCAAAGAUUUUGUUAUAAAAAAAAUCUGCAAAACCGUACUCAAUGGUGCAAAACAUUUCACACGUUAAACAGAAGAUGUAUAUGCAUAUGAGUGAUCUCGAAAUUAUCUACAGUCGAACUCCAUUGGCUCAAACUCCCAGUGAUUGGCGAAAAUACCUCGAGCCUCGGAAAAUUCGAGCCACACGGUAAAUUUAACUUUCAGUAUUAAGAAAUCGGUCCUUAUCAUGUAGAUCGAGCCAACGAGGGACUCGAGCCAAGCGAGUUCGAGCCAACGGGGUUUGACUGUAAAUAUGUGUAUUCUAGAUUGAAAGAAGUAUAGAAGAAAUGGUACGUUAUUGAAUAAAUAGUUGUUUGAAAAUGUCCAUAAUUACCUAAUUUUGUUAUUGAUUAUAUGUUAUCAUAUUUCGACAAUAUACAAGAAUUAUCAUAACCGAGUAUGCUGAAAAUGCAUACAGGGGUAGCAAUUUAUGACAGUAUUUAUAAUGUUAUCGUUCUUUUGUUCCUGAAAUUUUGGCAUGUUAUAUAAUGUUCAUAUAAAAUAAUUAAGUGUAUAUAUUUUUAUUUUUUGAUAAACAGGUACUAUAAUUUUAUAAGAAAAGUAAACAAUUUGUUUG